GCCCUGGUUGUCUCGCGUAUUUUCUUUUUUGGAGGGCCUUUGACGUUUUCGGGACGAUGAACGGGAGUAACCUAGCCUGUACAUUAAAAAACUACGAAUAUCCUUAUACUUGCUUGUCGUUUUGGGGGCUGGCCCUUCUUUGAUAAAACAAACAAACUGUCACCUGGAAACAGACAAAUCAAAUAUAUUGUCAUUUUACAUGAAGAUGUACUGCGAAGAUCACAUUUGUGAUUGAAACGUUUACAGAAAAGAAGAUUCUGUCAACACAUGUAGUUUUGCUGGCUUGACCAGCAUGGGGGAUUGUCGACAUGUAAACCAGAGGAUAAGUUCCAGAAGCUAUAUUACGUUCUUUUUUGGAUGCUAUAGCUGUAUGUUACUUAUCAGUUAAAGGCGUUGUCAAAAAAAUUUGGAAAGGCUCGCUUCAUCAGAAAAUGGUAACAUUGCAAUAAUACAUUAGUACAAAGCCUUAUGCUGUGUCAUGAAGGCUUAUCAAGACCAAGGAUGUUUUACUAUACAAGCCGAUUGUUUAGUUCAAAACAAAGGGUAUGAUAACUAAAUGAACGGUCUCUUCAAUCCAGACAUAACAAUUUAGUUGGACUGGGUAAUGCAUAACUUGACAAAGCGCCAUUUGAUAAACUUUCACAUUCUGCUGCU